GAUCAAUGGUUUCAAUAUUGUGGCUUCUCACUCAUAUGCAAUAGCUUCUUCUUUAUACAAAAACAUGUCGCAUAAAGAAAACACGUACUAUUAUGUAUCAGAAGAUGUUUCUUGGGCCCUUUAAUCAGAAAACACGUAUUAAAAUUGUAUUAGGUUCUCUUGAGACCUACCAGCAACAUGAAACAUCGGGUUCUUAUUUCUUAGCCAGAACCCUGCGAUAUUAUCGCCGACCGCUCAAGUUGAGAGUCGUCCCGUCUGAGAUGAGUAGGUAUAUAUGGUUCUUGUGCCGAGCCAUUGGCAAAAUGAUCUUUGACGGUUUUUAAUAGGAACAUUAUGUGGAGAGUGGCGAUUCGAUGCCCAGGUGCAUCUUGCAUCUCGGCGUGAACAAUAAAAUCAAAUCAAAUACUUCUUUUGAUCCAAAUUAAUUGACGCAGAAGCGAUAGGAGGGAGUAGCAAAAUUAGCAUCCGAAGAUGGAUAAAUUUCUAUUUUAAGAGACACAAGAUGUUUGCACAAAAAGGUGGUGUUUAAAUUAGCGUCCGAAAGAUCGAGUUCAGGUGAAGACUUGCAUUUAAGACCAGAGAAUAAUUAAAAAAUGUAUAAAUAAAAAGGACAGAAAGGAAAAGGCCCACCACAUUUGACUUGCUCUCCAAGCGAAGCAGCCCCGGGGAUCCGCGGUCAGCGUUGAAAAGGGGACAGUGAGAAAAAAAUAUAAAACAGAAGAGAAAGUGUUCAGCAGCGAGGGCAAGGAAGAAAGGGAAACCCAGACCUGUCUAGAACCGCCACCUCGCCGCGAGGGAGGAAAGAAAAAAAAAUGCUCGCCCGCACCCUCGUCGCCCGCCUCCGCCCCCGCCUCGCCCCGUCGCUCGUCGGCCUCGGUGGCCGCGCGUCGGCGGGCGCCGCCGCCGCCACCGACAUCGUCGUCGACGAGGACGCGCCGCGGCCCCUCGGGCCGCCCGUGCCGGUCGGGGUCGGGGCCGCCGCCGCCGUCGCGGCCACCGUGCCCACCGUCCUGCAGCCGCGCGUGCUCAUCUACGACGGCGUCUGCCACCUCUGCCACCGCGGGGUGAAGUGGGUGUUCAGGACGGACAGGCACGCCAAGAUCAGGUUCUGCUGCCUGCAGUCCAAGGCGGCGGAGCCGUACCUGCGGCUGGUCGGCAUGGACCGAGAGGACGUCCUCCGCCGCGUUCUCUUCAUCGAGGGGCCUGAGGCCUACUACGAGGGCUCCACUGCUGCGCUGAAAGUUGCAUCGUACCUGCCUCUUCCCUACUCGGCGCUGAGCUCCUUGCUGAUCAUCCCCGUCCCACUGCGCGACGCGGCCUACGAUUACAUUGCAAGAAAUCGGUACGACUGGUUCGGCAAAGACGACGAGUGUCUGGUGACCAAGGACCGGGAGCUUCUCGAGCGAUUCAUCGACAGGGACGAAAUGCUCGGUGGCGGUCCCAGCAACAGUUCUUAUUGACCACCGCUGUUUGCUUCUCGGUAGGUGUAGGCAGAGGAGAUAUAAGUAAUCUUCGCAACUAUGUAGGCGAUUAUGGUUAGUUUGACUUGAAGCCUGGAACUUGAGCUCCGUUUUCAGUAGCUAAAAGUGCUGGCUGGGAUGCAGCAUAUAUCGCAACAUCGGUCAGAUGUUCCCACUUUUUGCGUGCCAACUUUUAGAUCCGGUUAACUUCCAAGGAAGGGGAUAGUUUUUGGAUCUGGAUUAUCUCACAAUGCAACAGGCUUUGAAAUGCCCUGGGCCUGUCAAGUUUCUCAAGAUGUGCCUGUGACAUUUUGCCUACAAGCUUGGACUGUCCAUGUUGAUUA